UGAUAGAUGAUUAGAUUUACGGUGUGGAUCACGGCGGGGAGAGGGGGAUGACUCACCCGGCCUGAUGUGAUGUUCACCCCGCAUCAGCUCCUCGGCAGUGCGGUUGCACGCCGGUAGUCCCGCUUGACAUAACGUCCGUGCCCCGCCCCCCCUCCUCACCCCAAUACAAGUCCAACUUCAUGAACACUGUCCGGCUGCGCACACUCGUGCUUCUCUUGUUUCAAACUUGAGUGGCCGUCUCGUACUGAGAGGUCGUGAUUUACCGUCAAUUUCGUGACGCCUCAUUGCCAUGGCAACAGUGUCCAGGCUGCGCUGAGGGGAAACUGUCCGCGGUAACUUCAGCAUCCACCUCUCCGACGGGGUCGGAUAAACCUGUUGGGCAUCUCACUCAGCAUUUCUGUUCCCGUGCUGCUGCUGCUCUGGCUUCACUUUCCAUCUCUUUAUAUCUGGACAUGAACCAGGUAACGAUGGAGCUUCAAACAGAGAAGAGGUUUCACAACUUGACCCUUGAGCAAGUCCAAGCUCUGGAUAAGGUCUUGACAGAGAUAAUCCCCAUACACGGACGAGGAAAUUUCCCAACACUGCAGGUGAGAGCAAAAGACAUCAUUCGCGUGGUGAAGGACCGGCUGGUCGAAAGAGACAUCCAGGUGAAAGAUAUACGGCUUAAUGGUGCGACCGCCAGCCACGUCCUGGUGAGGAAUAACGGCCUGGGCUACAGAGACUUAGACAUCAUUUUUGGAGUGGAGCUGCCCAGACAGGAGGACUUCCAGGUUAUUAAGGAUGUGGUGCUGGGCAGCCUCCGAGACCUCCUCCCCUGUGGAGUAAACAGACGGAAAAUUACUUGCUUGACCAUGAAGGAGGCCUACGUGCAAAAAAUGGUGAAAGUUUUCAAUGAGCAUGACCGAUGGAGCCUCAUCUCGCUCUCUAAUAACAGAGCCAAAACCGUGGGGCUCCGGUUUGUUAGUUCCCUUCGCAGACAGUUUGAGUUCAGUGUAGACUCCUUCCAGAUAAUAUUAGAUCGUAUGCUGGAGUCCUACUGGGAGACUGAAAGGAAACAAGGAGGAAAGUUGGCACCGAAACCUGGGAAUUUGGCUAAAGGUGACAGAGAGGAUGAAAACAAAGAGCAAGCGCAAGCAUGCGUUCUUCGAGAUGUUGAAGAGGGCAUUGCCAAAGACUCAGCAAUGGCAACCGGGCAGGAAGGUCGAUGUCCGGAUGAAGUGGUUGCUGUGCUCGAGAGAGAGCUUCCACGUGCAAAGAUUGAGCACGGAGGUGGACAGCAUGAGGCACAGCAGGUGUUAGAACCUGAGAGCAGUAACCUACAGCCGGAGGAAGUGGAUGGCUUUCAGGACGUUGUUUCAGAGGAGGACAUUGUGUUUGAGCUCUGUGAAGAAACCGGGGAAGAGAAAGGACAGUUUCAAUGUGACUAUCCUUUAGUUUCAACACCUAAAACUUUAUGUACAGAAGUCAUGGAGCCGCUGGUGACCCAUGCAUGUGUAAAGCUACAGGGUAAUGAGGAGCUCUGUGAAUCACAAGCUUCUCAACCAGUGUCUAUUACCCAUAAAGAAAAGUCAACUCCACAAGAAGUAGUCCAUUGUGAAGAAAGUGCUCGGUUCAAAGUAGACUCUGGGACCUGCAAAACUGACAAUACCCCAGACCCAGAUUCACACCGGGAAUUCUCCUUCCCUCCUCCAGCUAAGAAAACCUGCAGCACAUCGCAGGACGUUGUACCGGACUAUUGCCCCUCUCCGAAGUUACAAAGAAAAAUGUCUCGGAAGAUGAUCAGUAAGCCUGAAAAAUGGUCCCUACUGACUGACUUGUCAGAUCUUACAACGCAGCUGUUUCCACCCAUAGAACUCCCCAAGCCCCUUAAGGCGAAGCCUCCUUUACUGGAUAGCGCUCAAGUUCAUUGCUUGAACGUCCCGGCCCCCGAGGCUGAGAACUGUGAGGGUAAAGAUGAACUCACUGUAGCCACAUACAGUCCAGCCAGUACGCUUCAGGGUGCGAGUGGCUCAGAUGAAACUCGAGAACAAACUGUUGAACCAAAACACUCACAAAAGCCCCCUGAUUCAGAGACUCAAAGCCACACACGGGCAGCAGACAUCACCACACGGCCUCGGGUCGAUGAGCAGAAACCUGAGCUGAGAGACAUUGUCCCAAGAAGCUCUGGGUCAAGCUCAUGGGCCGGGGCAGCAGGGCAGCCCACCAUCACUGUGGAAGCUGAGUGCAUGUACGGAGACUUUGAGCAGGCGAUUGACCACCUUCGCCGCCGCCUCAUCGCCACCCACAACCCAGAGGAGAUCCGUGGAGGGGGCCUGCUGAAAUACAGCGACCUGCUCGUGAGGAACUUCAGGCCAGCCAGCGAGACAGAGAUCAAGUCCUUGGAGCGAUACAUGUGCUCCCGCUUCUUCAUCGACUUUCCCGACGUGAGCGAGCAGCAGCGCAAGAUCGAGGCCUACCUGCAGUGCCACUUCAUCGGCAGCGAGGAGACGAGCAAGUACGACUACCUGAUGACCCUGCGACGCGUGAUCGACGAGAGCACAGUGUGUUUGAUGGGACACGAGAGGAGACAGACGCUCAACAUGAUCACGGUCCUGGCUCUGAGGGUGCUGGGCGAGCAGAACGCCAUCCCCAACACGGCCAACGUCACCUGCUUCUAUCAGCCGGCUCCGUACAUGACGGAGCCGAUCUACAGCAGCUACUUCAUCACCCAGGCCCAGCCCCCGCUCGUCUAUCACCCCUACCCUCUCCAUGUCCACGUGCAGACUGGCCUGGUGUAGCCCCGGUGACAUGCCCACAGGGAGGCGUUGUAGGCUUUCAGCAUGGUGCUCUGCAAGCGGAGGCACAAAUGGAAGUUUGAGCAGCAACAGGCAACUUUGAAAUCCCUCCUGCUUAUGGCACGAAAGAUCCUGAUGUGUCUGGAGGCAAAGCAUGUCACCCUUUCAAAAUGAGGACUUUUGAAAAGGACGGUAAUGCUAAGAGUCCAAUUUCCAGAGAGAGCUUGUAGAAAGGAUUCCUUUGAAGUGGAGGGACUUUGUUCGCGGCUGUAUACGCUCCGCAGUGGACGGGCUCUGCAGUGGACACUCUCCUGUUGGAGAGAACGUUGCAAUGUGAUCAUUCUCCAUGGCUACAAGACAAACAUAUAUAAAACAUAUUCUAUGAAACACCUGAUAGCAACAAAAAUCUUAGUUUGGAUAAAGUUUUGAACAAUGAUAAAUCAUUAGCGUUUCAAAGGGGUUAAAAAGCCCAAGUAGCUGUUUCGUGAAUCAUUAUUCUCUGUCGAGUGAAGUUGAGCACGUGGCUGUACCUUGUGUGUAUUCACUGUAUAGACAUAGGGCACCUGACAGUCAUGAGCCAAAUUAACUGUGGUAUUUUUCCGUGAAUUUUUGUAUUUGUGAAUGUAAGUACCUCGUUUCAAAGGCUGAAACCACAGACGCAGGUUCAGUGAAAACAUAUGGGAAGUAAUUCUCUAAACAUAUACAAUUCUCUAAACACAAAUAUGUGUGCUAAAAUAAGCAACAGUAAGAGUUACAGUUUGGAAAAAAUCCUCUUUAUUUAUUGUUAUUAACUGGAAAUUUACUGUACUUACUUACUUACUGUAAGAAACCCACCCCCCAAUUUUAACAGACUUUGAUUUAGAUGUUUGUUAAAUCCUGAUUGGUGCACAAAAAUACCUCACAGCACCCUUUUCCAACACCACACAGCCCACUUCAAACAAGGGAGACAACAAGCAAAACAGAAACAUAUAAAAUCUCUCAUACGAAAAUAGCAAAUCGCACUUGACUUGAAAAAUGAAUAUCUGUUUAUUUAAGCAACUGUCGCUCAAAAUAAAAUGCUGAUUAAGAAAAAUAUGUUUUCAGAACCUUCAAUGUUUUCUCUGAACAUAAAAAAUAGAUCAUGUAAUCUAAUGUAAAAAAAAAGCUGGAAAAAAAGAAUUUAGAAAUUUUGAUCAAAAACCCCCAAUAAAGGACUCUUCCCCUCCACCACAGACCCCCUUGCUCUUUUCUGACCUCUUUUUUCCUAAUAUUCAUAAUCCAAACUCAGAGUUGCGGCCACUCAGUGACAGGUGUUAUUGUUUUAGCGUGUUUACCCGUACUUUUGCAUUGUAAUGGACGUAGUGCUUGAAGUUAUGACCUUUGGAAGAGUGCCUGCAUAUUGUUCAUGAGAGAAAAAAACACUAGGAUUUGCCUCCUGAUGGCUCCUGGUAGAAAAACAUGACUGUUUUAAACUUUGAAUAUGUUCACAAAAAUGCAGAACGCAUGUUGAACUCCUGUUUUUUUUCCCCCCUCGAAGUUGCCAUUUGCAUCUUCACCAGGCUGAACAGUCUUUCUCUCAGUGUGUGUUUUACAUGGUGACUGUUGUUUGCUGUAGUGGAUGUCAGUUCUGUCAUUGUGUGCACUGUUACUGUAUAUUUCAGUUACUCAAGGCGUCUUAAAAUGCAACCAACACUUUUUGCACUCUAGCUACAGUACAUGUUAUUGUGUAUUUUAGAAGAAUUUAAGCACAAGUCUGGAUAUGUGGGCUGUUAAAUUCUGAAGACAUCUAGUGUGGAACACUGUGUGCAGUAGUGCGCCGCGUAGCUUCCCCGUGACUUCUCUAUCUUGAGAUCUAUGAGUAUGUUGUACAUCGUCAAGGAACUUGUGUCACCAGUGGAGAAAAAUAUUUAAAUAUUCUCGUUAUAUGUAGCUGCUCCGAUUGUUGUGUUAUUGUGAUAAUAAAAAAAUAAUAACACACCCGCUCUUUGU